GCGUCACUGUCUGUUUUCACCAGCUGUGGAGAAAAUGGCCGCUACGGCGAUGGACGGGGCUGCGGUCGAUGCGCGCGUCAGCGAGGCGAAAAAGCACGAAUACUUCAGCUCGAUUAACUCCAUGGCCAGGAAGAUAAUGCAGGAAAGAGAGAAGAUUAAGGAGACGUACGGCUCGGCUUGGGAGGACAUGUCGCCGACCGAACAGGACUCAGCUAUCGACGACGGGAUGAUGGAGCCGAAGGUCCGCGCUCGGUACGCGAUGCACCGGACGGACCGCGAACAAGUGGUUUGUUAUCCGAAAAUGUUGAUCCAAACCGGCCAGAAAACCGUCCACUUCGGAGAGGAGGAUCUAACUUGGCAGGAUGAACAUUCUGCACCCUUUUCUUGGGAGACCAAAAGUCAACUGGAAUUUAGUGUGAUCGCAGGUGCUCUGGAGUCCGCGUCGUCGUCCGUGAUCGAAUCCAAACCCAAAACGUCUCAGAGCAGCAAGCUUCCAGGGAUCGAGGGCUCGGGACAGGUGCGGCGUGAUGAGGAGUCAUCGUUCUGGAAGCUGAGUGCUGAGAGGUCACGUCUGGAGGGUGAGAAGGCAGACUUCCAGUCGCUCACGCCCAGUCAGAUAAAGUCGAUGGAGAAAGGAGAGAAGCCUUUGUACCUGAGGUCUGAAUCCAGGGAAGGACAGGAACCUGCAGCACCACGUCCCAUCAAACCAAGAGUGUCUAAACCUCCAGCGCCUCCUCCUCCUGCCCCCAUCAGCAUGAACCCGGCACCUCUUAGUGUUACCCCAGCGGCUCUGAGCGUAACGCAGGCACCUCUGAACGUGACCCAGGCGCCUCUUAGUGUCACCCCGGCGGCUCUGAGCGUGACCCAGGCACCUCUUAGUGUUACCCCUGUGGCUCUGAACAUGACGAAGGCACCUCUGAGUGUUACACCGUCACCUCUGAACUUGAACCCAGCACCCGCUGCACCACUAGGAGGCUGGGAAAGAGCUCAGAGCACCCUGCCAUCCGUCAGCAGCACCCUAGAUGACGUGUUCAGUCCUGGUUUGGGCCCGAAAACACCGUUUGAGUCGACCAAAGACAGAGAAAAGGAAGACAACGUGCAAACUGGAAGCCCUGCAUUUUCACAAUACAACACGAGCAGCAGCAUCCUGAAGACCGGCUUUGACUUUCUGGACAACUGGUAACGUCGGAUCGUGACCUCAGGCAGCGGCUCCGUUCCAGGCAACAGGAAUUCAACCGUCCCACAAACACAUGACAAAACCGUUACAGGAAAAAAUCCCACAUCUUAGAAACCUUAGUAAAGCUACAAUUGGCAUAUCGUAGAGCUAAUCUGCUGUCGCAUGUCGAUUAAUCAGCGUUACAACAAUUUAGAGAAUAGUUUGGGCAAAAUAUUUCCGCGUACUCCUGAAGAAACGUUUGGUGUGUGAAUUUUGCUUUCUUUAUUUUGCAUUAAAACUAACCGGCUAAAGUAACGGAAACAUCUAGCUACAAGUUUAGCAUAAAAUCAUUCCAUUUAUAAUGUAAACUAAUAUAAUAAUAAUCUCGAAGAGCUAUCAUGACGCUAAAGCGCUAGCUUUUUAUUUAUCAGCCAUGUACGUUUGUUUCCCCCGCAAAACAAAACAAGCUCAUUUCAGACACCAAAUUACGGCUUUUCUGAUUUAUUCUGUCCAAAGUACUCUUUAAAUGAAAUGAAAUCAACUUUCGGUUCAUAUCAGUAAAUCUCUGAAGAAAUACUUUGUACCGGUUGUAGCUUUCAAUUUAGCAACUGAGCAUAAACAUACGAAUGUAUUCGCAAUACAGCAAUAACACAAGGGUAGUGAUGAAUCUGGACAGGACGAAAAACUCCGCAAGUUUUCUUUUCCUUUUUAUUUGUUAAUCAGACCUGAGUACUAGUGCUACGAUGCUUUAGACGGUAGUUGCUGAAUUUUUAAAACGAAGAUGAUGAGAAUGCUUUAAAAAAAAAAAAAGAAUGGUGCAUUUUACACUACAGUGGUUUUCUAGACUUUUUUGAUAAACUGCCUGUCAUUUUGUCAUCAUGUGUCUUGUCAUGAUCGUGUAUUGCUCUCGUGUGACCUGUGUUCAGUAAUGUAUUUAUAAGGUCUCAAACCAA